UCUAGAUGAUGGGGUGUGCUAUGUUCCACACGUCUCCGGGGAAUUAAACAAAAUUCACCCGAGGCACGAGUCAACACGUGUUGGUUUCCGUUUGAAAAAAGUUGGAACAGCAGCUCUUGCAUUCGUUGAUUCAGUCUCUGUUCGACUGUUGGUCUUGGUGGCAUAGUAUCUGAGACUGAUACUCUUUCUAGUUAUUCACCAAGUCAAACUGCAUUGUUGAUUUCAUACAAAAAAAUUAACGUCCGUCUAUAAGAAUUUAAAUUGUUUUGGCUGUUAAAAAAAACGAGAUGGAUAGCAACGAUAACCACGUUAUUCAAGGACUGGAAGCUCUUUUGGGAAGUGAAGAUUUGAAUGAGGUUUCUCCAGUUUCUCACAGCAAAAGUUUUGAAGAAAUGAGAACUAGAUUCAGAGAUAGUUUUAGCUUGGAUCAAUCAAAAGAUUCCGGAAUCACUUUUUCUAACCUGAGUUUUAGACACCUGCCAAGUGUAAAUACAUCUAUUCAAAAUCAAUCUAUGGAAUCAGGCUAUUCUUGUGAACUCUAUGAUACUCCUUUUAGCUUCAAGCCAGCUGUUAAUGUAUCUUUUGAUGGGUGCUACAUUGAAGAUGACUUUACGCCUGUGACUGAAGAUCUUGUAUCUAGGUUUCAAGAUUCACGAUGGAGUGCAAAACCUAAAACUGGAAUUCUCUCAAGUGCAGUCAGUCAUGGUGGAGAUCUCAAAAGUAAGCCCAAUCCAUCACCAGCACUAACUAUUAAAGAGGCUUAUGCAAUGGUGAAGUACACACAUGUGAUGAGGAAGUGUUGGGAUAACAUUUGCUGCAUAAGGAAACUUCGCACUGAGCUCACUCAAAAGCCAAUGGAUCUGGAACUUUAUCCUGUAGAAUGGAAUCUCAUAUGUUUACUUGAUGCCUUCAAAAAUGAAACUAUAGAAUUGACCAAAGACUUAAGUGACUCAAAGCUUGCUUCAUUGCUACAUGAAAUUCAGAACUCAUUGGAGCUUGUCUACACAAACACUGGGUGCAAUGCAAAGGACUGGGAUAUGUUGAAGCAACUUCAAAAAUUGACUAGUAAUUUAUUUGUGGCUCUCUAUUCUCAAUGCCUUCUACAGAAUUCGAUGUCAACCCCGGCUGAAGACAAAUUUCGUUCCGAAAAACGUUUUCAGAUUUGGAACAGUUUAGCGUGAAAUUUCCCCGUUUUUCUCAAAUUCCUUCAGAAUCGUUUCCCUGUUGUGUGAUUGGAAGCAUAACUUUUUUGCUAUCCCUAUCCCACUGUUUUUUUCCUGUACGAUAAAAUUACUGAAUAAAUGCGUUCCAUUUUA